AUGGCAAACAAGCGACCGAACUUCUUGAUCAUCGUUGCUGACGACCUUGGAUUCUCCGAUGUCAGUCCUUACGGAGGCGAGAUCAACACGCCAGUGCUGGAAAAUCUGGCCAAAGAUGGCAUUCGCAUGACAAACUUCCACACAGCGUCAGCAUGCUCACCGACGCGCUCCAUGCUGUUCUCUGGUACGGAUAAUCACAUCGCUGGACUAGGUCAAAUGGCUGAACAUAUGCGGCGAUUCGGAGAUUACUUUAAAGACAAGCCAGGAUAUGAGGGAUACCUGAACUGGAGGGUCGCAGCCCUAUCUGAAAUUCUACAAGACAACGGCUAUCUUACCAUAAUAUCUGGUAAAUGGCACCUUGGCUUGACGAAAGAGCUUGCUCCAUGCAGUCGUGGUUUUACCAAGAGCUUCUCCUUCCUCCCUGGCUCAGGCAAUCACCACGCCUAUGAGCCUCAGCUGGAUGAUGAUGAAUUUCAAAUCCCAUGUCUGAACACUGAGGGCCAUUGGAUGGAUGGAGACAGAUUCAUCGAUCAUAGGACGGACUUGCCGGAAGACUUUUACUCGACACGGUACUUCACCGAUCGCAUGAUCAAGUUUUUGGAAGAGCGAAACGAUAAAGAAAAGGAAGAGCCCUUCUUUGCCUAUUUGCCUUUUACCGCGCCUCACUGGCCUCUGCAAGCUCCUCGAGAGGUCGUAGAGAAAUACGCUGGAAAGUAUGAUGACGGCCCAGAUGCAUUGACACAACGCCGAUUACAGCGUCUCGUCGAGCUCGGCCUGGUUGACAAGGGCAUCGAGCAUGCGCCGCCCACAGGGGUGCUGGGCAAGGACUGGAAAGAUUUGACCGAUCUUGAACGGAAAGAGUCAGCAAGAAAAAUGGAAGUCUUCGCCGCUAUGGUUGAGCUGAUUGAUGAAAAUAUCGGUCGUGUCAUCGACUAUCUCAAAUCUACCAAUGAACUGGAUAACACUUUCGUCCUCUUCAUGUCGGACAAUGGUGCCGAAGGUGCUGCGUUGGAGGCAAUCCCCAUGAUGGGAGGAGAGACAACAUUCGCCGGUGUUGUGCAGAAGUAUUAUGAUAACAGUUUGGGCAACAUCGGGGAGAAGUCUUCCUUUGCUUGGUACGGAGCUCGAUGGGCCUGUGCAGCAACAGCACCUUCUCGAGGUUCCAAAUGCUGGAUCACAGAAGGUGGCAUCCGUUGUCCGUGUCUGAUUCGUUAUCCACCUUUCCAGGCUAAAAGCGAAGCAAUCACUCACCGUUUCACGACUGUCAUGGACAUUCUUCCCACUAUCCUCGAGAUGGCGCAGAUUCAACAUCCUGGAACCUCGUUCAGGGGCCGCGAAGUCGUUAUACCCCGCGGCAGAUCGUGGGUAUCCCACCUCUCGUCCCCGGAUUACUCCGCUUCAGAGUCGACAGUGCAUGGGGAAGACGUGCACGUUCACGGCUGGGAGCUCUUCGGCUUGCGGGCCAUACGCGAGGGUAAAUGGAAAGCCGUUUGGCUGAACAAGCCUAGAGGUAAAGACGAUUGGGAGCUAUACAACGUGGAGAAAGAUCCGGCGGAAAUGAACGACUUGUCAGAUACGGAGACCGAAGUGUUGCGGAGGCUUGUCGAUCACUGGGAGAGAUACUAUGCGGAAACAGGGAUGACCCAGACACCCGAAUUCCCAAUCACCAAGGCUUAG